CGGGCGAGCAGCGACGGGAAGGAGCGAACCGGCCGGCGAGCAGAGAGAGGCGACGAGUGCUUGGCGACGUAUGGUUUGUGUGGUGCGCGCUACCGUCGAGAUAGGCUCUCCGGAGUGCACGCGAUCGAGACGAGGCACAUCCCAGCUUGUGAAUCUCAGGCGAGAUAUAUCGAUAUAUCGCGAGCAGGAGUGAUCGCCGCGUAAGUAGUAAGAGCCGCGGGUAGUGAAGAGAAUAAUAGAGGAGACAGAGGAAAGCAAGGGGAGCGCAACCGCCGCAGCAGCGAGAGCGACAACAGCGCAAGAAUGACGAUGGCAACCGAGACGGAGAACAACGGCCCGGAGAGCAAGGAGAUCAAGGACGUGAAGGAGAUGAAGGAGGCGCUGAAGGACGACGCGCCACCGGAUAACAAGCAGGAGGAGAAGGACGCCGCGAAGAAGGACGAGGCGGCCGGCAAGAAGGACGACGACGCCGCGGCCGCCGCCACCGCCGGCGCCGCUGCCGGAGCGGCCGCGGCGCCGGCGAAGGCCAGCACCGUGCAUCACCCCGACUACGAGAAGGACGUUGUUUACUUGUAUCAGUUCCCGCGGACGCCGCUGCUACCGUCCUUAUCGCCGUACGGUCUCAAGGUGGAGACGUGGUUGCGGCUGAACGGCAUCAAAUACGAGAAUGUUGAUCACAAGAUGAAAUUCCGCUCCAAGAAGGGCCAGCUGCCGUUCGUCGAGCUGAACGGCGAGGAGAUCGCGGACAGCACCAUCAUCCUGCGCGAGCUGAGUCAGAAAUUCGGCAAGGAUCUGGACGCCGGUCUAACGUCCGAGCAGCGAAGCGUCUCCCAUGCCAUGAUAUCGAUGAUCGAGAACCACCUCGUCUGGGUGGUCGCGUGCUGGCGCACGAAGAAUUUGGAUCAAGUGCUGAAGGGCUACAAGGUCAACCUGCAGCUCGCCCUCGGCUCCCGCAUACCCAACGCGAUUCUGAACUUCUUUUUCAAGCUCACGUUCGGACGUAAGUUGGAUUGCUUACAGGGUGCGAGGAAAGUGAAGGCUCAGGGAAUGGGCGUACAUAGUCCGGAGGAGGUGUCCCAGUUUGGCUGCACCGAUCUCCAGGUGCUCUCGGACACGCUUGCUGACAAGCCGUUCUUCUUCGGGGACGAGCCAACUACCAUGGACGUGGUCGCGUUCGCGCAUCUCGCUCAAAUCUUGUACAUCGACAAAGACACGCCCUACAGCCUGCGAGAUUACAUGGUGGAGAACUGUCCCAACUUGGUCGGCCAUUGCUCGCGCGUCAAGGAACGAUGCUUCCCGGAUUGGGACGAAAUCUGCUCCAGCCUGGACAUGAACACGCAUCUGCCGAAGCCCGAGAAGCAGGAGGAGAAGGAGGGCAAGGAGGAGGCGAAGGAGUCCAAAGAGUCUAAGGAAGAGAAGGAGGGUGACAAGGAGAAGGCGGACAAAGAGGAAAAGGAAGUCGAGAAGGACAAGGAGGUUGACGAGAACAAAGAAAAAGAGAAGGAUGGCAAAUAAGCGGUCUUGUUGUAGAGGAAAGUAAUAAGCCGUUUCAAGGAUUUAAAGGCGAAGAAUCGCGAAGGUGUGCUGGCGAAUGAAUAAAGAUAAAUAGAAAGAGAGAGAGAGAGAGAGAGGGACAGUCGAUCAUGAACAAGAGUGUGCGUAUGUGUGUGCAUGGUUGUAUGAAUGUAGAAACGAGGAUGGUGCAGAGAGCGCGUGCAGCAUGAUGACGAAGGAAGGGAGUUGCCGGAAGUGAAAGAUUGUGCGAGAGAAAAAGGAAGAGAGGGGGGGGAGGGAGGGAGAGAGAGAGGGAACGUAUGAAAAAAGAAGAGAGAGAGAGAGAAAAAAGAGAGAUGAAAUUGAGGACUAGAGCUCUCUACUUAUACGUAUAGAUAUUAAUAGACUCAUGUAUAAUGUUAAUACUUCGUUUAUAUACGUUCAAUACGCGUCACGCGUUACUUCACAUUUACACACUCGGAACACAUACCACACACACAUACACACAACUGGAGCGACUAUUCUCUAACCCACGCCCUUUUUACGCUCUGCUAAGGACAAACGAAAACGGGGCUAUCUCAUAAGUCAUUAGAAACGUAGGGAUUGCAAUAUACGAACUGCAAUAGUCUGACGCAGCUGGGGUCUUUAUCGACAGUGGCCAAAUGCAAUAUAGCGUAUGCUAUAAGAUACAAGUAGUUACGGAAGAAGAAGAAGAAGAGAAGAAGAAGAAGAAGCGAAGGUAGGGUCGCGCGACAACAUACCAAUCUCCGCCUUCCGGGCGACGAGAGCGUCCUACUUCGCUUCUCUCGACGAUCCUUGCUGUGCAAAGUUACCUUGCGCCUCGCGCGCAACGUAACGCAAUUUUUUUUUCUUCGAUUUAGUUGGCGUUUUAUUAUCUCCUUUUUUCCCCUUUUUUUACGUUCAUGUACGUGUAUCGCGCGUUUUACUUUCACUCACGCUCACGCGUUGGAUGAAGUUUUUAAAAGAUUUUGUAGCAUAAUAUAUAUAUAAAUAAAUAUGAGAUUUUAUGAUGUAUCAUUAA